GGGAGUAGGAACGCUGAACAUUGAUGAUGCUGAGAAAGGGGGAGUGGGUCUGGCUGGACUCUGACAUCGGGGUCCCCAUUGGAGCGAGGGUCAAAGUAACACCAUCUGGCCAACGGUUCCUGGUGGACGAUGGGGGAAAGGAGCAGAGUCUUUCCCAGGAGCUGGAAGCCUCCCUACGGAUCAUGCACCCUACAUCAGUGGAGGGUGUGGAUGACAUGAUCAAACUUGGAGACAUGACAGAGGCCGGCGUCCUCAGGAACCUCCUUCUCCGACACAAACGAGGCAUCAUCUAUACCUACACCGGCUCUGUGCUGGUGGCAGUGAAUCCAUAUCAGGAUUACCCUUUAUAUUCAGAGGACCAGGUGCAGUUGUACCAUGGUCGAAAGCUUGGGGAACUCCCUCCCCACAUCUUUGCCAUCGCUGAAUCCUGCUACAGUAACAUGACACGUCAUCUCAUGAACCAGUGCUGCAUCAUCAGUGGGGAAUCCGGAGCAGGUAAGACCGAGAGCACAAAGCUGAUCCUGCAGUACUUGGCAGCGGUCAGUGGUGAGCUCUCUGAGCAGCAGAUUGAACAACAGAUCCUGGAGUCUAACCCAAUACUGGAAGCUUUUGGAAAUGCAAAAACAGUCCGCAAUGACAACUCCAGUCGCUUUGGGAAAUAUUUGGAGAUCUUCUUCAAUAAGGACGGCGUGAUUGAGGGUGCUCGUGUGGAACAGUAUCUUCUGGAGAAGUCUCGUGUCUGCCAUCAGGCACUGGAGGAGAGAAACUACCACAUAUUUUACUGCAUUCUGGCAGGAGUCACAGCAGAGGAAAAGAAAACGUUGAGCCUUGGAGAUGCUAAGGAAUACAAAUUCCUUUCUCAGGGCGGCAAUAUCACGUGUGAAGGCAGGAACGAUGCUAAGGACUACAAAAUAAUUUGUUCCGCGAUGAAAAUCCUGACCUUCUCUGAGAGCCAGUGCCAGAAAAUCGUCAAGCUGCUGGCAGCCAUAUUACACCUGGGAAACAUCUGCUUCCAGGCAAACACGCAAAACAACUUGGAAUCCAGUGACAUCAGCAAGUCAGAACACUUCAGCAUCGCAGCCUCGUUACUGGAGGUCCACAAGUCUUCCCUGGCGACGAGUCUGACCCAGCGUUCAUUUAUGACCAACAGAGAGCGGGUGACCAAACCCCUCAGCGCCGAACAGGCCUCUGACUGUAGAGAUGCCUUUGUCAAGGCAAUCUACAAUAAGUUGUUCAUAUGGAUCGUUGGGAAAAUCAACGAUGUCAUCUCUCAGAGGUUGUCCAGCAGCCCCAAAUCCUCCUUCCUGUCCAUUGGCCUGCUCGAUAUCUUUGGCUUUGAGAACUUCAAAACAAACAGCUUUGAGCAGCUGUGCAUUAAUUAUGCAAAUGAAAAGCUGCAGCAGUUCUUCGUGGCCCACAUCUUCAAGCUGGAGCAGAAGGAGUACCGGAAAGAGGACAUUGUCUGGAAUAACAUCAAAUUCAGUGACAAUCAAAACAUCUUGGACAUUCUGGCUGGGAAGCCCUGUAACCUGCUGGCUCUUAUCGAUGAAGAAAGCCACUUUCCAAAGGGCUCAGACUUCACUUUGCUGAACAAGUUGAACCAGCAACACAAAGGGAACAAGAGCUACAUCGCCUCCAAGAGUGAACACGACACAGACUUUGGGAUUUUCCACUUUGCAGGCCAGGUUCAGUACGAGUCCAAAGGAUUCCUGGAAAAGAACAGAGAUGCCGUCAGUUCUGACAUAAUCAAGAUGGUUGAAAUGACCACCAAUAAGCUGCUACGCCAGAUAUUUGAGUCUGAGCUUUCAACCAAUCGUGGGAAGAUUAGCAACAACAAAAAAGUCAUCAUGACACCAAAGAGCUCUCUACAGGCUCAGACUGACAACCACAAACAGGUGCCGACGCUCAGCGGUCAGUUCCGUCAGUCUCUGGACUCCCUCAUGAAGGCUUUGUCCACCUGUCAGCCUUUCUUCAUCCGCUGCUUCAAGCCCAACAAUGAAAAGCAGUCCAAGGUGCUUGACAGAGAGCUAUGUCUGCAUCAGUUGAGAUACUCGGGCAUGAUGGACACCAUCCGCAUCCGCAAGCUGGGAUAUCCAAUUCGCCACACCUUCGAGGAAUUCCUGGAGCGCUACAGGGUGCUGCUGAAGACGACCGUCUGCGACCCCAGAACUGAGAAAGCUGCCGCCUGUUGUAAAGCCAUCUGCCAGGCCGUGUUUGAAGAAGCCAACGAGUGGAAAAUAGGCAGGACCAAGAUCUUCCUCAGGGAUGCACAUGACGCCGUCCUGGAACGACUGAGAGAACAAAAGCUCAGCAGGAUAGCUCUGGUGAUCCAGAGGGUCAUGCUGGGAUACAAAGACAGAAAGUCUUUCCUGAAGAAGCGGACAGCAGCUGUGGUGUUGCAGAAGCACUGGAGAGCUCACAGACAAAGAGAAAUGAAAAGAAAGCUCCUGCUCGGCAUUUACCGACUGGCAUCAAAGAUCCGCGGUCGGAAGCUCCAGCUCCAGUACCAGAGACAGCGAGCGGCAACAAUCACCAUACAGAGCCAGGUUCGAGGCUACCAGGUGAGGAAGGACUGGAAGCAGAAAAGAGAGGCCGUCAUACUGAUCCAAGCUUACAGAAGAGGACUCCUGGCCAGAAGAAUAUCCAAAAAGAUGAGGGAUGAAGCGACCCUUUUGCGCCUGGCGAAAGAGAACCAAGGGAAGAUUGAUGCGGAGAAGAUUGCCGCGGAGAAGAUUGCUGCGGAGAAGAUUGCUGCAAAGAAGGUUGCUGAGGAGAAGAUUGCCGCGGAGAAGAUUGCUGCGGAGAAGGUUGCUUCAAAGAAGGUUGCUGCGGAGAAGAUUGCUGCGAAGAAGACUGCUGCAGAGAAGAUUGCUGCGGAGAAGGUUGCUGCGGAGUUUCAGCAGCGACUGAAAGUCGUCGCUCAAUCAUCAGAUGAUGAGGAGCCUGAGCCAACUGUUGAAAAGGAUUCGUAUGAUCUCCAGCCCAUGCCUCCUGUGGAAGUGGUCCAACAGGAAUCAACACGAUCAGAUGAAUUUGAGAAGAAGAGGAAGGAGAAGAAGAAGAAGAACGUGCCAGAGCCGCUGGAGGAAACCACAGUGGAGACAAUACAGUUGGAAAUCAUCGCUGCAGCCUCAGUCCCAUCAUCCCCUACCCCAUCGCUGGAAGAGGAGGACGACGAGUUUGAUGACGGCAGUGAUAAGUUUUCCUUCUACCGGUUCAGCAUCCUUCACUUCCAGAGCAACACCGGCCACACGCACUUCAACCAGAGACUCAAGCAGCCGCUUCUGCCCCACGAUGACGAGGGCGAUGCACUGGCAUGUCUGACUAUAUGGUGGAUUAUACUGCGUUUCAUGGGGGACAUACCAGAACCAAAACCUGUGGACGCACUGUCUCAAGCAUCCAGCACCAUCUCCCGUUCUCUACCCCAAAGGCAAGGCCGGAGGCUGAGCCACCUGGUGGGACUGGACCAGAUAAUAAUGAGGAAGAACAAGAAAAAGCUUGGCGGUGGAAACAGAAAAGCUUCUGUCAUUACAGAGGAGCCAGAGAACUUCACAGAGGACGAAGACAUUUUGAUCGGAGAGGGCCCGACACUGGAUCGGCCACUUUCAUCUUUGGAAAAAAUACACAUUAUCCUCGGAUACGCUCUGUCGAGACCAGACAUAAGGGAUGAGAUUUACUGCCAGAUCUGUAAGCAGCUGGUGAACAAUAAGAACAAGAGGAGCUCUAUGCAAGGUUGGGUCCUUCUCUCCAUCUGUCUUGGGAUCUUCGCCCCCACAGACAUCUUCAUAAAGUAUUUGGAGAGUUUUGUCCGUAGAGGUCCAAAUGGUUACGGAGAAUACUGUACUGAGCGCCUGCGUCGGAUCAUCGCCAACGGAGGAAGAAAAGAGUUGCCCUGUUGGUUAGAGGAACAGGCUGCCAAGUCCAAGGAGCCCAUAGAUGUGUCUGUGACUAUAAUAGACGACCGCACUGUCCAUCUCCAGUUGGACUCGGCCUCCACCUCUGCUGAAGUCUGUCAAGCUGUGGCUGACAAGAUUGAUCUUCGAGACACAUAUGGAUUCUCCCUGUAUAUCAGUCUCUAUGAAAAGAUGUGGUCUCUGGGCAGCUGUGGGAAGCAUGUAUUGGACGCGGUGUCUCAGUGCGAGCAGGAGAUGAGGAGGCAGGGCAAGGCGGAGAAGGAUACCCCCUGGACACUUUCCAUCCGCAAGGAACAGUUCACACCCUGGCAUGACUGCUCAGAAGACCCGAUCAGCACAGAUCUAAUCUACAAACAGGUUAUCAAGGGAAUCAAGAUGGGAGAGUACAGCAGUGAGAAGGAGGAUGAAUACGUCCAGCUGGCAGCUCAGCACUAUUACAUCCAGUUUGGGUCAGCAUACAACAAAGACAACGUCCAAAAGGUGGUGGAGGAAUGCAUCGCUACGACACUUAUCGAGAACAAAUCGAUGACGAAGUGGGUCCAGCUCAUCAGCGCGGCACACUUAAAGGGUCCUUAUGUCAACGAGGAUCAUGACACAGACAGUGUCAAGGGAGAACUGGUCAACAACGCCCAACAUUCAUGGCCCCUGCACUUCUCCAAAUUUUAUGACGCUACAUUGAUGUCAGGUCCUCCUUUGCCCAAAAGCAGAUUUUUUGUAGCUCUAAACGCGAGUGGCAUCUUCUUCAUGGAUGGCAGAGACAAGUGCCUCCUUGAGAUCCCUUACCUAGAAGUAAAGGACAUACACAUGAUUGGUGACAGCCUUUUCCGGGACUCUGAGUCACUGAGUUUGGCCACAGUCAACGGAGAGAUUGUUCUGAAAUCUGGUGAAGCUGCGGACAUGGCCGCACUUAUUGAGAGAAACCUGGAUGGGCUGAGACAGCGCUCAGUGUACGCAAUGGCUCGACAGGAUGCCAGUAGACAAGAUGACCCCACGUUCCCGGUUUGUAAACGAGGAGACCUUCUGCUCGUAGAGAAAGAUAAAACAGGUUCUCCUGGUAAGGACUGGAUAAACGUUACCAACCAGCGGACCAGUGCCAGCGGAGCGGUCCAUAAGGAUACAGUGCAGUUUCUGCCGACUCUUGAGAAGCCCAAUGACGUUAUGAUGGAGCUGCUCAGUCCAGGCCAGAGGAAACCUUCAACAGCACAAAACGCCACACAAAGAAACGAAACCGUGGCUCCUACCUCAUUAAAGGAGUUUGCAUUUGAGAACUUCAGGCCUGCAGCUAGAGAUGCCGGUCGACAGGGUGCGUCCAGAGGGGUGAGCAGGGAGAAGCUGUGGGCAAGCUCCAGAGAACCUCUCAAACAGCCCCUAAUGAGGAGCCUGGCCCACAACUCGGAUCUCAGCAACCUGGCCUGCAGCGCCUUCACUGCUAUCCUGAAGUAUAUGGGCGACUACCCCAUCAAACAUGCUCGCAGCCCUCUAGAGCUGACUGACCAGAUCUUUGGCCCGGCCACCCAGCAUGAAGAACUGCAGGACGAGAUCUACUGCCAGAUUAUGAGACAGAUGACCAGCAACAGCAGCAGGUUGAGUAUGGAGCGUGGGUGGCAGCUCAUGUGGCUGUGUUUGGGCUUGUUCUCGCCCAGUCCGAGUUUGAUAAGACACACUCAGCGCUUCCUGGAGUCGCGGCCCAGAGACCAGCUGGCUCCUGGCUGCCUGCAGAGGCUGCGCGGCAUGGGCAGUAAGGAACCCAGGAAGCUUCCUCCCCAUCCGGUAGAAGUGGACGCCAUCCAACAGAACAGCACCCAGAUCUUCCAUAAAGUCCACUUCCCAAAUGAAACAAGUGAUAUAUUUGAGGUGAAGUCAACAACCACAAGCAAAGACAUGUGCUACAGUAUCGCCUCUCAGCUCAAACUGAGCUCAGCUGAAGGAUACGGCCUGUACCUGAAAACACCAAACAAGCUUGUAAGCUUGGAGGAGCAGAAGUAUUUCUUUGACAGUUUAAGGCUGACUUCAGAGACUUUUAAUAAAGGAAAAAAAGUGAAAGAAGGCCACCAGGCCAAUGUGCCCUACCGGGUGAACUUCAAGAGGAAGCUCUGGUUCAAUGUGAGCCCGGGGAAAGACCUGAUUGCAGACCUCACUUUCCAUUUCCCACAGGAGCUACCCAGGUACCUGCGUGGAUACCACAAAUGCACCAAAGAAGACAUGGCCGACCUGGGCGGGCUGCUCUUCAGAACCGAAGUAGAUUCGGACAGGUCGCAGUUUGUCAUGAUCCCCAGAAUGCUGCGGGAGCUUGUUCCUGCUGACCAGUUGAAAAGCAUGUCCUCCGAAGAAUGGAAGAAGCACAUCAUCUCUGCCUAUAACAGGCAGAGUGGUAUCACGGUGCACGAGGCCAAAAUCGCCUUCCUGAAAGGCAUUUCGAGUUGGCCAACCUUCGGCUGUAGCUUCUUUGAAGUUAAACAAACUUGUGAACCUAGCUACCCAAAUACAGUUUUGAUUGCCAUCAGCAAGCAAGGGGUUUGCUUCAUAGAACCAGAUACAAAGGAGCUGAUUGUCAUGCACCCAUUCAGCCGCAUCUCAGAGUUCCAGAGUGAAGGCGGCUACUUCGAGAUGACUAUCGGCACCUUGGGAAACAUCUUUGUCUGUGAAACCUUACAGGCCCACACAAUGGAGGACCUUCUUAGAUCGUACAUCACCAUGUACGAGAGGCAGAGGCAGAACCUUCGACCGAGGAACCAUAUGUUUUCCUGAGGCUUCAAGAGCAAACGCAUAGACUGAGAAAGCUGUGAUUUAAAUGCACUUUUGAUCAAUACCUUUACAUUCAUUUCGUUGCAUCUUUCAGUGAUGACAAAUGACAAUGACGGAAUUGAACCAAAUACAGAUUGCUUCUACUAAACAGUUGUAUUCAAAUGUGUCACAUCUUAAUUUAUUUUGUCUUGACUGCAAUUCCUAACGUGCCACUGUGAGAACUAUUGAGAGUCGAGAACAUGAAUUGAGAUUCAUGUCAAAUGAGUGGUAUCAAUCAUGUCCAACAGUGAGUCAUUUAGAUUAAUUUGAUUGAUUUUUUUGUGAUUUAUUAUUAACUAUUGCAGUCACAGAGGAUCUAGAGAAAUUAGAUUAGUAGAUUAUUUGCCUUAAUUUGAUGUUUUCAUAUGUUUUAUUAGACUGAAUUACCUCUAAUUUUACUCAUAUGGUUCAUAUUAUAAGUUUAAAGUUCCACACUCAAUGACGAUAAUGACAAUUUUUCAUUGUUUUCAAGACAUAAAUGCAUGAAGUGGUGGUGAGGUUUCCUUUUCACCAUUCGUCCCAUAGUGCCCUUUACACUGGAAUAUAUUUCCUUUUUUUUAUCUGCCAGUACAAUACGACCCCCAUUUAAUAUUUUAGUUAGAGAAAUAAAAUGAAUAUUAACAUACCAUGAUACUCAACAUACGUUCUUGAUUCUUGAUUUAUAGACUCACAGCUUUCUGUACACUGUAUCUACAUGUAACCUAAAAUAUGUCAAAUAGAGGAUUUUAUCUGAAAAUCCGGUGUUCAGUCAUCAUUUGUCAGUGUACAUAUGUUCAUACGUGUAUAUAUCGACACAAAUACUGUA